AUGCGCUGGGGCGAAUCCCCGGGCGACGAAGGCGGUCCCCGCUGGCCCUCCAGCACAGCGCGCGCGGGCCGGGCUCAAAAACUUUUCCGGCUUCAGGUGGUGGCUGAUCCGGCGGAGGAGGCAGGAGCCCGUUGUCCCGAGGGCCCAUGGCCUCUGCCCCCACAGGUGUCACCAAGAGUGAGGUAUACACGGAUGAUCCCAGGGCUGGCUGAGGAUGUUAGCUUCCUGUACCACCCCUGUGCCCACCCCUGGCUGAAGAUUCAGCUUGCCCUCCUGGCCCGUGUCUGUGUGGCUCGGCCCUCACUGGCCCCUGACUCCAGCCUCACUCAGGAUCGGCCCUUGGUACUGACAGCGUGGGGGGCGGCACUGGAGAUGGCAUGGGUGGAGCCAGCCUGGGCUGCCCACUGGCUGAAGUGGAGGCGGUGGAGGAAGAAGAAAGCAUGGUUCCACUCUGACGGCCUUUCUGGGCCCUCUCCCUUCGUGCCGACCCCAGGCAGAGGGCGGCUGUGCAGGAGAGGGUGUGUGCAGGCCCCGGCUUUGGCCUUUGCUCUGCGAAGCUGGCGGCCCCCAGGGACAGAGGUGGCACCUCGAGGGCCCGGGCAGUCCUCCCCAGAUGGUGCCAAGAGGCGGGGGCUGCGGGCUGCCCUUCGUCUCCAGCCCACCCCCUCAGCCUCAAAGCUCUCCUCUGCUUCUCAACAGAACUGGGAGGCCAAGCAGCCCACAUUGGGCACCCUGCGUGAGGGGGGUAAUGCCCCAUCAGUGCCCACUGCCUCCCCGCCGCCUGGGGGGCCUGAAGGCAAUGCCAGCUCUAGGACAGAGGCUCAGGGAUCCAAAGGUCAAGGCAGCCCAGGGGGCUGUGCCUGUCCCAACCAGGCUUCCCCAGCCCCUCGGGCAGCAGCGCCUCCACGGGCCGCCAGGGGCCCCACCCCACGCACGGAGGAGGCUGCCUGGGCUGCCACUGCCCUGACCUUCCUGUUGGUGCUGCUCACCCUGGCCACGCUCUGCACGCGGCUACACCGAAACUUCCGACGCGGGGAGAGCAUCUACUGGGGGCCCACGGAGGACAGCCAGGACACAGUGGCCGCUGUGCUGAAGCGGAGGCUGCUGAUGCCCCCACGCCGGGUUAAGCGCUCGCGCCGGAGACCCCUCCUCCCACCCACGCCAGACAGCGGCCCGGACGCGGACAGCACGGACUGACCUGGCCCCAGGCCUGCCACAGUGGCAGCCGGGCUCCUCCUCCGGUGGGGAGGCCGCGACCUCUGCCACGUGGACCGUGCGCAGGGGGCCCCCUAGCGGCCAGAUGGAGCAGUCCGGUCUCAGCAUGGCGAAAGCUUGCUUUCUCAAUUUGAGGGAGAAGUCCGGGGAUAAAGAGGAGCCUUUUCAACCUCCCUUGCCAAAACUCCCUGUUUCUAAUUAAAUUAUUUUAGUAGAGUCUUGAGUUGAGCUUGUGCAUCUGUCACAGACACACUCCCAUCUAGGACACUGGUCCUAGACCAUGUAUGUUGUGUUUGGGGACCCACCAACUGGCCUUAUACAAAGAUA